AUGAUUGACCUGAAGGAUGACCUGCCCUUCAAAACUCAGCUCAGUGAUCUAAGUGCUUUGGCUGUUCUUCACACUACUGUCCUCCUCCUCCUCCUCACACACUCUUGUGGAGGUCAGCAUCAUGUGAUUGGUCCACUUCAGCCAAUAGUGGCAAUGGCUGGUGACGACGUCAUUUUACCAUGCCACGUCGAACCUGCCAAGGAUGUUGAAUCUAUAGCUGUGGAGUGGGCAAGACCUGAACUGAAGCCCAGAUUUGUCCAUGUCAGACGAGAUGGUGUGGAACUUCUGAUAGAUCAGAAUCCAUCCUACUUGGGGAGAACAUUAAUGUCCAUCAACAAAUUGAAAUGUGGAGACAUUUCAUUAAAACUUUCCAAAGUGAAACUCUCUGAUGAGGGAACUUACAGAUGCUACAUCCCAGAACUGCAUAGAGACUCAACUGUCCAGCUUCUUGUUGGAGUUGUGUCCUCCCCGAGCAUCGGCCUUACCAAAGACAUGAGCGGAGCAGUGGUGUUUGAGUGUGAGUCUAAAGGCUCUUAUCCAGAGCCGGAGGUGUUCUGGCUGGAUGGUGAGGGAAACAUCCUCUCUGCUGGACCUACAGAGACAGUCAAAGGCCCUGAUGGUCUCUAUACUGUCAACAGCAGUAUGACUGUGGAAGAGAGUCAUAGCAAUAGCUUCACCUGUAGAGUCCAACAGAACAACAUCAAUCACACACGACACAUCCACAUCCAUGUUGCAGAUAAUGUCUUCAUGGUUCCAUCUUGGGAUCCUGUUCGUGUCAGCAUUACCCUAGGUGUUUACUUAAUUGGUUGUCUGGUGGUUGUCUUCCUUGUGUGGAAAUGCAGAUGCAACCAGACAAAAGUACAACAUGAAAAUGACAUUAAACUUAAAGAAAGAGACAAGAUGAUCACAUCACAUACCAUAAGGCCAGAGCACCAGUCUUUGUGUGAAGAAACCAUAAACACAGAUAGAGAAGGACACAUAAUGGACAAAUUGAUGGCCCAGAAGAAAGACCUUAAAAAACAGAGAGAGACUAUAAUCUCCCUGCUUCAGGAUGUGAAAACACAGAUAGAGGAGAACAGGAGGAAGCUGGACAACCCUUCCUCAUGGGACAGAGAGAAAAAACAGAAGAAGCGUGAAAGGGCCAAAAACGUUCUAGAGAAGAGAAAGACAGAACAUGAGGAACUGUUACAGAUCACUGAGAGACUACUGGAGACUACAGAGGAUAUGAUUAUUACAAUGAUAGCAAUGGAGGCAAAACAGCAAAACUAG